GAAAACUGAUGGAAAUUUCUAUAGCACAUACUUUUCCCCCGAACGUGUGAUAAGGACCUUUAUUUAAAAAAAAUCAUUAUAAAGUUAUACCAUCAUGUCUAACAAAAAGAUGCAUUAGCUUUUGAGGUACAUAGGAAUCCACCAAAAGGAGAAUCUAACGGAGAUGCACAUUUACCUAAUCCUUUAUUUUGUUGUAUUUCUUCCGCAAGCGACACUAAUCACCGGAAGCUUGAGUACGGUACCAGAACUCUUCAGAUCAACUGGGAUCGGUGCCAUUCUUGACCAAACUUCUAGGCCCGGCAAAGAGGCCAAAGUGGCGAUCGAGCUAGCAAUACAAGAUUUGAACAUCAAAACCAGUAAGCAUUGGGUUCUGCAUCUUCAAAACUCUAGAAACAAACCUGUCCGUGCAGCUAUUGCAGCUAGAGAACUAAUUCAUGAACAUAAAGUAAAGGCUAUUUUGGGAGCUCACACAUGGGAACAAGCAUCUACCAUAGCUGAGGUUAUCAAUGACAAUGAGCUUGAUCAUGAUAUCCCGAUCUUUCUUUCCUUAGCAAGCUCAAUUCCACAGCAUGCAACCGAUCAAUGACCAUUUUUCAUUCAAGCCGUACCCACACAAUCCACACAGGUGAAAGCUGCAGCUGCCGUUUUACAAUCGUUAGGUAUACACCAAGUUACUCUUAUAUACGAAACCUCAAUGGCAUCUCUUGUCUCUCAUCUUUCUCAGGCAUUUCGACAAACCGGUUCUAAGGUAAGAAAUACUUUACCACUCACAUCGGAUUCGUCUUCGCUAGAUGAAGAGCUUGCAGCAAUUAAGAAACAGGAUCAUAAUGCCUUCUUAAUUCAUACAUCUCUAGAACUCGGGGUUCGCCUAUUUCAAACAGCCAAGAAGAUGGAAAUGACCGGAGAUGGGUAUCUAUGGAUCGCAACUAAUGGAAUGACUGAUCUUUUUCAUUCCAUUAACUCCACCAUGAUUUCUUCACUAAAAGGUAUAGUUGGAGUCAAAACUUACUUCCUAGAAAACACGUCGGAGUUUCAACAUUUCAGAAAAAGAUUUCAUCAAAAGUUCAUUUCCGAUUACCCGGAAGAAGAGCAAAACGAACCUGGAAUCUUCGCCAUGCAAGGAUAUAACUCCGUUAGGUUGUUAGAAAAGAACUUCCAUAAAUGGAAACCAAUUUCGGUGACCACAGUAGAGAUUGUUAACGUGAUUGGAAAGGGGUAUAAUAGUGUGUACUGGACUGAAGGAUUAGGGUUUUCAGAGAAAAUUGAAGAUGACACCAAUGGAGCAACUUCUAUUGAUAAUCUUGGAAAAGCUCUGUGGCCGGUGCAACCAUGGUAUGCUGAUCAAGGUCACCCUCGGAAUCUUAUGGAAAAUUCAGAAAAAACAAUGAGAGUUGGCAUUCCUGAUCAAUCUUUGUUUGAACAAUUCGUGAGCGUGAAAUUUGACAUCCAGAAAAAUGAAGAUGUCUUCGAUGGAUUCGUAGUCAAGGUGUUUGAUGAAAUGAUGAGAAGAAUGAAUCAAUCUUAUGAACCAGUUCGAUUUAGUCGUUCAUACGAUGAACUAGUGGAAGCAAUUCAAUUAAAGGAAUUUGAUGCAGUAGCAGGUGAUGUAACAAUUACAGAGAAAAGACACAAAUUUGUAGAUUUCACACAACCAUACACCGAGUCUGGUUUGGAGAUGAUUGUACCAGUUCGAUCCAGAUUAUCAAACCAACCAUGGUUGUUCUUAAAGCCUUUCACUGCAGAAAUGUGGUGGUUAAUAGCAGCAAUCACUACUUACAAUGGCUUUGUUAUAUGGUUGAUUGAGAGGAGCCAUAAUAAAAGUCUCCAAGGCCCGAAUAUCGUUACGCAAAUCGGAAUAGUCUUUUGGCUUGCAUUCACUUCCCUCUUCACUUUGCGUGGUGAUAAGAUGCAUAGCAAUUUGUCAAGAAUGGCAAUAGUCGUGUGGCUUUUUGUGGCAUUAGUUAUCACGCAAAGCUACACCGCUAGCUUGGCAAGCAUGCUCACGGCUCAAAGGCUAGAACCGACGAUAGCAAGUGUUGACAUGCUUAGAAACAAGAAUGCGACUGUAGGGUAUUGCGAUGGAUCAACAAUUGUAAAGGACUAUUUGGUAAAAGUUCUCCGUUUUGAGGACAUCAAGACCAAUAGCUAUAACUCAACACAUGGAUAUGCUGAGGCCCUUAAAACUGGUGAAAUCGCCGCUAUCUUUCUUGAUGUUCCAGCAGCUAAAGUUUUUCUAGCUCAGUAUUGCAAGAGCUUCGUUAGAACAGGAGAGACAUUCAAAGUUGGUGGUUAUGGAUUUGCAUUUGCUAGGGGAUCUCCAAAACUUGCAGAUGCAAACAAGGCAUUAAUGAAUGUAUCCGAAAGUGGGACACUCAAGGAACUCGAGGACCGAUAUAUUAACUCUGAGAAGUGCCUGGAUGAAGAAUCCUCGCCUGAUGAAAAUGAGAGUCUUAACCUUCACAGCUUUUCAGUACUAUUCGUGUUAACCGGAGGGACAUCAACCGUUGCUCUUGCCAUCUAUAUCAUCAUCAGCAUCAAUGAUUUCAAAAAAUCUGUUCAAGAACACACAAGUUUAUUCCAACUGAUUUCAGCAUUUAUUAAAGGUUGGCACCGUGGAAUGAGAAAGUCAUCUAGCAUAGUUGCUCUUGCAUAUCCAGAAGAUUAGCAGCGGAAUCUUAUGAAUGUAUUCGAUCAAACUUAGUACAGAAAGACUAUACGAACAAUUUAAUGGACAAUCUGAUGUAACAUAAAUUGUCUUGGUAACCGGUAAUGUUUGCCGGUAAAACCUAUUUAUACAUAUUCAUAAGAACGGUUAUAAGAGUAGUUAUGUUUGGCGGGAAUAACCGUCGUUUUAAACGGUGUUAUCUAACCAACAUAUCCAUUCGAAU